AUGCCGUAUACCAAGGAGAAGGGAGUUGCCCCUGUUGAUGUGCGCGUCGUGGUACGGUCCAAAAGCUUCUCCUUUUUUCUCUUCUCGUCGCUGCCCGACAUCACCGGCUUCCACCACAACCAUGUCUUCUCUUCAUUUCAACCUCCAUCCACUCCCUCCAUCUUCAUCUCCACUACUCACCACCACCAACAACAUUUCUUCCUUCUCCCCCACUUCCCUCUCCAUCUUCUACAACAACCACCACCACCUUCUUCGCUUCAAUCUCAUCGGGAUUUGAAGCCGCAGAAUUUGCUUCUCGAUCAACAGCAAGGGAUUUUGAAGAUUGCUGAUCUUGGUCUUGGGAGGGCUUUUACCGUCCCGCUUAAGAGUUAUACUCAUGAGAUUGUUACUCUUUGGUAUAGAGCUCCUGAAGUUUUGCUUGGAUCUACUACCUACUCUACUAGAGUUGAUAUCUGGUUUGUUGGAUGUAUCUUUGGUGGAUUCGCGGCAGUGAUGUGUAGCGGAACUCAAAUGGAAAUACCCUACAAAACAUCAGAAGAAUCGUCUGGUUCAUCAUCAUCAUUUUCGAACGAAUUUGCUGCGAUUAAGAUGCCAUUAACACCGAGUCCAACUCCGACUCACAAGAAGGUGAAUUUUCUUGUGACUUCACAUUCUGUUGAUGCUGCUCCAAUUGUGGAUAGUGAUAGUAACAAUCUAGGGAAUUUGACCACAAGAGGAAAAUCGUCGAGUGCUAGAAGUAUUAUGCCGAAAUUGAACUUUCCGUAUAAUAGGACUUCAUCAUCUGAUGUUGAAAAGGCGAUAAGUUUGGCUCCGGAAAGUCCUUGUGAGAAGCCUUUUGUCUCUGGAUCAGGAUCAGUGUCUUUGAGUAAGCUGUUUGCUCCUAAGAUUUAUAGAACUUCUUCGCUACCGGUUGAAGAAAUCGGGCGUGUUAAUAAUGAGUUUGCUUUUGGUGGAUGUCUUGGUGCUUCUCCAUAUAGAAGCCAGGGAUCGAUAGCUCGCACUCGUUCAGAGCCGGUAGAUAGCAAAGAAAAAAUCAUAAGGAAAAUGGAUAAGUUUUUCCGCAUUAUUCCUUCCACCCCAGGUGCAAAGGAAGUUAAAGAAUGGUUAAAAGCUUCUGCAGAAAAGGAUACAGUUAAAGAAUGGUUAAAAGCUUCUGCAGAAAAGGAUACAGUUAAUUUGAUUAAGGAUAUUGUUACUCCGGUUAAUUUGAUUGGUUAUGGGUUGGCGUUUUUGGGGGUUGCGUAUUAUAAUCAUUCCAAGUUGCAGGCGCUUAAGGCUUCGGAGACGCAGAAGAAGGCUCUUCAGAAUGAUGAAGAGGCUGGAAGGUUGUUGGAACAGAGAGACGGAGAAGGGACUGGAAGGAAGAUCGACAGCCAGAACUGA